AUGACCCCAACCACCCCGCCCCCUCCUUACACCAGCCGCUCCCAGGCCUCCCCCGGGCGGGCCUCACUAUCCCCACCGCGCCUGCCGGCGGCUCCCCCGACCCCUGCCUUCGCCGGGCGCACAGGAGAGGCAGGCCUGACCCUCUCCCCUCCCGGCAUCCCGGGCUCCCAGACCCUGCAGCCCUGCAGGCCCGCUCCCGUCCGGACCCGGCUGCCCGCUCUGCUCCAGGCUCACCGGUCCCCGAUUCGGGCUCAGCGGCCCAUCCGGCUGGUCUCGCCUCUCGCUGCCACCUCCGUCCCCCCCCUCGGCCCACGGAGCCCGAAGCACGGCCAGGCCCGGACGGAAGUGACGUCACGAUGGGACAGCCCCCCCCCCCGGGGGGGGCCGGGCCGCGGAGCUCCGCCUCCUGGUGGGCGUGGGGAGAAGGCGAGGGCGCGCUCCCGGGGCGCGGGGCCGCUGAUCCGGGGCCGCGGGGUCGGGAUUCGGAGAGGUCCCUCCCCGCAGGAACCCCACCCCUUCCCACCUCCUCGCCCCACUCUUUUCUCCGCGACCGUCAGUCUCUCCAUUUCCCCCUGCUGGUCUUGUCCCUCCCGCCUCUCGCGCUCUCCCUCCCCUCGCUUUCAUCCUCCUAUCCCCACCUCUCCAACCUCCGCUUUCAUCCCCCUCCCCUCUCCUCUCCUCCCCGCUCCCGCCUGCCCCACCCCUGGGAAGCCCCUCCCGUCGGGCAGCUCCGCCUAUAUAAGCGGGUUCCCUGCCCGGGGGCGGCAGCGGCUGGUCGGCGGCAGCUCUGCUGGUGCGGGGGCGGCGAGCCGAGGACCGAGCGACCGCGGCCGGAGCGCGCCGGCCACCGCCCGCACCGCCCUUGCGCCCGCUCUCCGGACGGCCGCAGCCCUGCGGGUCUCCGCUCCAGACCCACCCCCGCCCCACCCCGCGCGCCUCUGCCGCCUCUUCCAGAGACCCAGCUUGCUGAGCGGCCGCCGCUGCUGCUGUCGCCGCCGCCGCCGCCACCGCGCCAGGUUCCGGCCGCGGCCACCCUCCGCCGUCCAGGGCCCCUCCGUCCCGCCCGCGGGACCCCGGCUCCCCGCCAGCCCCGGCCCCGGCACCAUGUCGGAGAAGAGCGUGGAGGCAGCGGCCGAGUUGAGCGCCAAGGACUUGAAGGAGAAGAAAGAGAAGGUGGAGGAGAAGGCAAGCCGGAAAGAGCGAAAGAAAGAAGUGGUGGAGGAGGAGGAGAACGGAGCUGAGGAGGAAGAAGAAGAAACUGCUGAGGACGGAGAGGAGGAGGAUGAAGCGGAAGAAGAAGAUGAGGAAGAAGAAGAAGAUGAUGACGAAGGGCCUGCGCUGAAGAGAGCUGCUGAAGAGGAGGAUGAAGCGGAUCCCAAGCGGCAGAAGACAGAAAAUGGGGCAUCAGCAUGAGCCCCCUGCCAGUGGGCUGGGGGUGGGAGGCCCCUCAGGGCCUGGAGGUGGGGUGGGAACAGAUGAGUGCAGCCACUUUUCACCUGGCUCCUUGCUCUGGGCCCUGCACCAGAGCUGCCACCCUCUUUCUCCCCAGCCUUCUCAUGUCCGCCUCUCCAGACACUGCCCCUCCCUCCAUCCUUACUCUGCCAUUGUUCCACCUCCUGACCUGCUCCAUCUGAGCUCCCCAGCUGGUCCCCAGUGGCUCCUCUCCCCUUCCUUGCCCUCUUUCUCCCUCCUCCAGCCAAUCCCACCCCUCUUCUGGUAGCCUAUCCUUCCUCACCUCUGCAUCCCAGCCUCGUGUCCUGCCCAUCCCUCCCCUGCCUGAUCCCUAGGUCUCCCUCAGAUCCCCUUCUCUCAGACAGCGCCAGGCCGGGGUGGGGUCAGGGUUGGGGCCAAGCCCCACAGCCGCCCCCCUCCCCUCCCCUUUUUGUAUAAUUUAAUAAAGAAAUGGUCGCGCUUCUGUUUUUAA